AUGCAGACUAUGGGCGCUACGAGGGGACCGACUCACCUGGUUGCCCUUUACGUGGCGACGGCCGGUCUCCAGGGUAAUGCUCUUGGUUCUGAUGAAGAGGAAAUCACGCUAUUGGUUUAUGUGCUUAUCGACGUACUACAGAAUAAGGUGCUGGGAAGGCAACAAUAUAUUGUACGACCGAUGGUAAUGGACGAAAGUUGUACACCUGGAACCGGUAGCGACAAUCCGGCAGUUGCCGGAAGUAGCGGAGUCAUCAGUGAAGCAGCAUUGGCGCAUGCUCCAGCGUUAACUGAGAGGACAGUUCGAGAACACGGAAUUCCUUUAGAGCAAGCCAUUCAACAGUUUGAAGCAUGGUGGUCUUCUAUGUCAUGCAUGACAUCCGGUUCUGCACCACGUUUCGUCGUAGACGGUCAGGCGCCGAUGAGACAAUGCUUGCAUCCAGAGGCAUGUAACAAAGACAUCGACGUGCCAGAACAUUAUACUCUCUUUCAUGAUCUUCGAAAGGAAUUUGUUGCCUGUUAUUCAACUCAUGGAGAACUUUCAACAUUUGGGAUACAAGAGAUGUUGGAAUAUUUCGGUCUACCAUUAGAUACUGAGAAUGAUUAUCAUGUAAAAGAAAUACAAGAUAUGAUCUGUGUAAUACAGAGAAUGAUAAAAGAUGGUCACAUCUUCCAAAAUCCUGAAACAGUUAAUAUUAUUUUAGAACCUGGUAUAUGCUCAAAAGAUGAAGAAGUUGAUAAUGGCUGUGUAGUAAGAGCUAGAGGUCUUCCUUGGCAAUCAUCUGAUCAAGACAUAGCAAAAUUUUUUCGUGGCUUAAAUGUUGCUAAGGGUGGUGUAGCUCUGUGUUUAAGUCCUAUGGGAAGACGUAACGGAGAAGCAUUAGUACGGUUUGUUAAUAAAGAACACAGAGACAUGGCAUUAAAAAGGCAUAAACAUCAUAUGGGUGGAAGAUAUAUAGAAGUAUAUAAGGCAUCUGGAGAGGAUUUUGUUGGUGUAGCUGGUGGAACUAGUGGUGAAGCUCAUGCAUUUUUAUCUAGAGGAGCUCAAGUUAUUGUUAGAAUGAGAGGCUUACCAUAUGAUUGCGUUGCUAAACAAGUGUUGGACUUCUUUUUAUCAGGGCAAAAGCCUUGUCACGUAUUAGAUGGAGAAGAUGGUGUUUUAUUUGUGAAAAAGCCAGAUGGUAGGGCAACUGGAGAUGCAUUCGUUCUUUUUGCAAAAGAGGAAGAUGCUGUGAAAGCCUUAAGUAAACACAGAGAUUGUAUCGGAAGUCGAUACAUUGAACUUUUUCGAAGUACGAUUGCUGAAGUUCAACAAGUUUUAAAUAGGGCGAUAGAUCCUAAACAAGUCGUACUUCCAACACCACCUAUUCCACAACUCCCUCCCAUAGUUCCACAGCAUAUUAUCACUUCUGGUACGCGUAAGGAUUGUGUUAGAUUACGUGGUCUUCCGUAUGAAGCUCUCGUUGAACACAUUCUUGAGUUCAUGGGCGAACAUUCUAAGAAUAUUGUUUAUCAGGGUGUACAUAUGGUUUAUAAUGCUCAAGGUCAACCUUCCGGUGAAGCGUUUAUUCAAAUGGACAGUGAAAGUUCAGCAUAUGCAUGUGCAUCGCAGCGACAUCAUCGUUACAUGAUAUAUGGCAAAAAACAACGGUAUAUCGAAGUAUUUCAAUGCAGCGGAGACGAUAUGAAUUUGGUAUUGACAGGUGCAGUAACUCCACCAUCAACCAAGGCUCUACUAUCACCCGGUACGUUGACCACACAAACUCCCGCAACUUUGACACAUCCGCCUCCGCCGACGCCGGUACCGGUACCGGUACCGACGGCACAACCUCCCCUCUGGGACAUUCACGCGUUAGUACAGGCUCAAGCCCAAGCACAAGCGCAGGCUCAAGCGCAAGCUCAAGCUCAGGCUCAAGCGCAGGCAAUUCGAAAUCAAGACUUUUGGUUAAUGGCUCUAGCCUCAAAUCCUCCUCCCACCUCUACAACUCCUGCUUCCCCUACUUCAUCAGCUACAACUAAAACACUUGCUCUACCGGGUCCGAAUCCACAGCAUCAGAUUCCUGCCUAUGCCAUGGCACCUUCAGCAGCAGCUGCAGCAGCUGCAGCUGCUGCAGCGCUUCAUGCUCAACCACCCGCGCCAACACCUUUCUUACUUUUUAAUGUACCCUCUCGAAUUCCUAUUUUACGGGCACCGGCACCGCAUAGUCUUCUGACACCUAUUGUUCAGGCUGCCCCUAUUAAUCCGGCUGCCAUAAUGGGACUAAAGAGAACUUGGGAAACUGCAUUUCCACCUGAUACAUCAAGCACCGUCGCGAAACGUGCUACAUGGCACACACCAGCGACUGCAUUUCACGCGCAAGCUCCAGCUGCGGCACCAGGCUUGCCUUAUCCUGCUCAAUUUUAUCCUCAAAUUUAAAAUAUUGUUAAAAUAUUGAUUAUGAUCGUACACUGUGUGGCCGAUGUGUCUUCUUUUAUAAUGAAUCUUUUUUCUAUGUAUUUUUUUAUGCCAUUGUAAGUAGAUUUUGAAAAACGUUUAAUAAUCAUUCGUUCCUUCAUACAUUUCUCGUAGCUUGCAACAAAAGGUUGUGAUUUUGAGACAUUUAUUUCUUUAUAUGACAUAUAGACAAACUUAUUUUAAUUGCAUCAUUACUGUGUGAAAGUGUGUUACAAUGGAUGAUUUAUAUUCUUCUACGAAUAUAUAUGGUAAAUAUUUUUGUUCAUGAUAAUUAUUUACAAGCGACAUUCCGCAUGAUAUUUUGUGCAACCACUUUUUUUCAUAUCAAUAUAUUAAUACGGUGACUGUUAUUUUUAUUAGCUCAUUCUCUUAAAUCUUUUUCUUUAGAGAAUAUACAUGUUACAUAUAUAAUCAUUUCAAAGUUGGUAUUUUAUACUUAAUUGUGCAACAGUACUUAGAAUGAUUUUCUUCUUAUGUUACUUUCUUAUAUAACAUAAGUUUUUUGGCGGUCACGUUGCAUUCGAAAGAAUAUAUAUCAUUGGAACGUGAUCGUAUAUUCCUUCUUCUUCUUCUUCUUCUUUUUUUUUUUUUUUUUUUUUUUGUUAAACAAGUUCUUAUAUAUUACAAGAGCAAUUAUAUUUUGUAUUUUAAUGUAUAAUGUGUGCAGUGUAAAGUGCCUUAUCAUGAAUCAAGAAUUCUUCGAUCUAAGAUAUUUUCUUAUUUUCUUGAAGAUUUCGUGAUUUAUAUGCGCAUGUAAAUAUAUAUAUAUACAUAUAGAUUUAUAUAAAUAUAAAAAUCGAAAUAUGGAUAUAAACAUAUAAAUAUAUAUAUAUAUAUACGAAUGAUUUAUAUAUUUUGCUAAAAAUAUUUUUAUUAGCGAUAAGUAAAUGGACAUUCCAUCCAAUGUUAUCAAUUUUUUAAGCUCCAAUUUAUGGAGUACCAUCUUCUUUACGUGGCAUCUACUUUACGCACGUCAAAUAAAAAAAUUUUUUAAAAAAAGAAAGAGCCUGCAAUUAUGUUGUAGUUUCAUAUUAGGACAAUAUUCGCAAUUGCAAAGCGCAAGAGAGAGCUUUCUGAGCCAAUUCUAUGUGAUUGACUAAAAUCCCACGACAGGAUUUACAAAUCUAUUUCUAGCCCUCGCUAUACAUAACAAAAUUUGCUUUUCUCUGAGCCGCGUAGAGAACACUUUGAGCUCGAUACAGGAAAACCAAUUGAAGCAAUAUAUAUCUUUUACGCGACUGAUAAUCCUAGUAAUGCAAAUAUAUUUAUUGAUCGGAAUAGUGUGAAUGAAGUGAAUUUAGUGAACGAUGUAUAAAGCACGAAGAAAAAUUAAUUAAUUAAAAAUUAAUUAAAUAUUUUUUCUUCAACUUUUUUUUUAUACGUUUAUUAUGAUAAAAUUCAUAUAAGAUUUAUAUGAAUAUAUAGUUUGAGCAUUGCUCAAAAUAUAGCAAAUGUUAUAAGAUGAUGAUAAUACCGUCAAAAAAAAUAUUAGAUUAAUACUUAAAUAUUAUUUUGUACAAUAAUUUAAUUCUCUUUAAACAAAUAUUUUUCAAUAUAUUUUACUAAAAAUAUUUUUAUUAGCAAUAAGUAAAUGGACAUUCCAUCCAAUGUUAUCAAUUUUUUAAGCUCCAAUUUAUGGAGUAUUCCAAUUUAUGAAGUAGUCCAAUUUAUAUAGCAAAUGUUAUAAGAUGAUGAUAAUGCCGCCAAAAAAAAAUAUUAGAUUAAUACUUAAAUAUUAUUUUGUACGAUAAUUUAAUUCUUUUUAAACAAAUAUUUUUCAAUAAAAUAUAAUUAAAAGAAGUAAAAUCUUCGUGCUAUAUUUAAAAAUUUUAGCUUGUGAUUUUUUUUAACUUGGUGUCGGCGGCAUUUAUUUUCUUGAUACUUUUCUAUAUAUUUUUGUGAAUGUUAGAAAAACUGAAGGAAAAAAUAUAUUGAGGGACCUGACGAGUAGUGUAUACGUGGAAAAUUUAUAUUUCGCAGAAUGAAUGACAAUGAAUCAAUGUUUUUAUUGCCGUUGCUUAUAAAAGAAUUAUUUUUUCAAAAUAGUCCACGUAAUCACGAAACUCGUUCAGCCUUUCAUUCUUCAUUAUUAUUCUUAGUUGUUUGGUUUUUCUGUGCGCUCGAUCUCAGUGUUACCGUGGAGCAGCGUGAAGUAUUGUUCAAUAAUUAUGCAAUUUUUUCUUGCCACAUUUUCUCGUUUUUUCUUUUUUCUUUCUCUUUUUGUUUUUUUUCUCUUUAGAUAUUUAAAUAUAAAUAUAAAAAAUGCUAUUUAAAUGGAAUUUUACAAAUCAUAAAAAUAGUAUGAAACGCAUUCAAUCGCAAUGAUCGUUCUUAUUGCUCCAAAGUAUAAAGUCCAUGGGCAUAGAAAUGAUUGGUUUGCAUGUCGUGGUUUUGUGGAGGGACGUGCAUACAAGUACCUGUAAUAUCCUUCAUUAUCUAUCAUUCAUGAGACAAUUCAUGAGAUAUUACGUAACGCGUUGAAUUAUCUUUUCUUUUCUUUUUUUUCCCUUAAUGCGUAACUAUAUUCAUUAUUAAUUUUUUAUUUC